GCCCAAGUUUCGCUGGCCUGGCUCCGAGUGGUAGUCACCCGAGGUGAGCGAGGGCUCCAGGUCUGGUUGUCGGGGGGUCAGCAGUGCUGCUUCUCCUGCCAGUUUCCCUGGUGGUUUCGGUAGCGACUGAUUCCCAAAGCGGCUCCGAGUCAAAGUCUCGUCGUUCCUGUCCAGGAAGCUGGCUGACCGGCCGAGGUUUUGCAGUGACCCCUUGUGUGUAUGGUAGCAGGCUGUUACGGCUGUAAUUGAGACACACAGCAGCAGUGCUUACAGACACAUAUAAUGUCAAUAGUCCGUUCAGCCGUCCACGCCAAAUGGGUUGUGGGGAAGGUGAUUGGUACAGCAAUGGUAAAAACUGCUAAAGUAAGAGCGACCAGACUUGUUUUGGAUCCCUACUUACUGAAGUACUUUAAUAAGCGGAAAACCUACUUUGCUCACGAUGCCCUUCAGCAGUGCAGCGUCGGGGACAUUGUGCUCCUCAGAGCUUUGCCCGUCCCACGAACAAAGCAUGUGAAACAUGAACUGGCUGAGAUCAUUUUCAAAGUCGGCCGAGUUAUCGACCCGAUCACCGGAAAGCCUUGUGCAGGAACUGCCUACCUAGAGAGCCCGCUCAGUGGAGCUCAGGAGGAGCUCAGGGUCUCCUGAGCCUAGGAGAGGAGGAGCCAGGGGGAUUUCUGUGUGUCUGCGAUGGCUUCAUUGCUAACUGUCGAGUUUGUCCUGUGACAUUAAGAGUAGUCAACAAAGUAAAGAGCUUAGUGUUCCAUAAA